AUGAACCCUUACUCGUGGCCUAUGACCUCGGCCUCGGGCCAGGAAACUUGGCGUGGAGCUCAUAAUGGUAUACCUUUACCAGCACAUGGUGUCCUCCUCAUCAUCGCCGGAAAUCCCCAGUCUGUCCGCAUAAUUGCGUACAUCGACGAGAGCAUCGAGUUUUCCGUCAUCAAAACUAGCGUCGCCCAGCGAUUGGGAACGAUUGUACACCCAGUUCCUCAGCAAUACAGCAUCAUGAUUCCGCGAGUUGGUCUUGUUACGCCGGAAGAAUGGGUGACCAUCACAUGCGACAUCCCGGAGAUCGGGGUUGAAAGGAAGACAGUCAAUGUGCAAAUGGCAGAAUGGAAUGAUCCUUUGGUUCACAUGUUCAUUGGCCGCCGUUUCCUCAGCCAACUGCUCACUGUGAGCCCAGAAGCCACCAACUACCACACCCCGCCAUGUUCGCAAUCUCAUGUGGCUGCUCCAUCUGCAGCUGCUGAACAGCCGGCACCACAGCUGUUUCUCAAUGGAGCCGCAGCCGUUGAAAGUCCCGGAUCUGUGAUAGUUCAACAUGGCAACAACACGCCACCCAUGGGAUUCGUCACCAGCUUCCUUGGAGCUUCCUCCACUCACCAACUUCAAGUCCCGAAUUCGCAUUCUCCCUUUUCCAUUACGCACAGCACUGCCGACUUUAAUAGCUCUUCUAGCUGGGCCCCGAUUUCAGCUCCAAGCAAUAUAUUCUCACUCAACACGUUUCCCACCUCAUCAGUAACCAGCGGUGAGCCGGCAAACUACAGCCUUGAAGAUAACAACACAACUGCUUUAACCCAAAACGGAGGCGAUGCGACAUCCUUUCACUUCGAUGCUAAUUACGACUGCGAUGCUGAUCAUGAUUACGAUGCUGAUUACGACUACGAUAUGCUCAACGCUCAGGCUCAAGCUGAGGAGGAGCUAUUCGAGGGACAAUGCGAUGACUGGACAUUCUGA